AUGGGUGGGGUGAAAUGGCAUGACACCAUCAAGUCGCUGGAGGGCUGCACCCUGGAUGGACAACCGGUUCCCUUGAGAUCCGUCAAUUUGGCCCUGCGAACCGAAAAGCGUUGGGCUCGAAGUUUGGAGCUGCUGCAACGCCUUCAUGCUUGGCGCCUGCGUGGUGACACGGUGACCCUCAACAGCUGCCUGCGGAGUUGGCCCUGGCGGCGAGGUAUGGCCAUGAUGGCCACAUCGCAGGUGGACGUGAUCACAUGCAACACUGGCAUCGCUGAAAUUGGCCCCUGGCCUGGGACCUUGGUGAUGUUCGACAGCUUUCAGCGCAGCAUGGUGCAGGCCGACACCAUCACCUUCAAUUCCUUGCUGAGCCGAGUUUGGACGCUAGCAGGGUGCCUCCUUCACAUGCGAGGUCGUUCUCUGGAGACCAAUGUGGUCUCCUACAAUGCCAGCAUCCACGCGUCCGAAGGAGAUUGGCGAAAGUCCCUGGACUUCCUGCGGCAGAUGCUUCGGGAAGGCCUGGCUGACAUCAUCAGCUUCGGCAGUGGCAUCUCUGGCUGUGGCAAGGCCACCCAGUGGCAGGGUGCCAUUCACCUCUUGGCCGCGCUCCCUUCCCAACGCCUGGCAGUGAGUGCUGUUGCCAUGAACUCCGCCAUUGCGGCCGGGCCCUGGCACUGCUCCACUAGCUUGCUCCGCAAGGGCAGAAGUGCCACCGUGGUGUCGUACAACGCCCUGGCGGCUGCGUGCGAGAAGUCCAGCCAAUGGACAUCCACCUUGCUGCUUUUGGAGUCCCUCCUUUUGCAUGGCUUCCAGUGGAAUCUGGUGAUGUUCAACACAGCCAUCAGUGCCUGUGAGACCUGCAACUGGUCGAUGGCCGAAGCCCUGCUGGGAGACCAUGGCCUGCCAUUGGCUGAUGUGGUGACCUUCAAUGCCAUGCUGAGUGCCUCAGGGCAGAGCCAGAAAUGGCAUCGAUCUCUUGACAUCUUGGAGCACCUCCAGCACAGCCACGUGGAGGCAUCAGUGGUCACCUUUAACUCGACCAUCGGCGCAUGCGCUUCCUGGGUGCGCGGCUGCUUGCUGCUGUGUGAUCUUGCGGAUGUAGUGACCUGCAAUGCCAUGAUCAACACCUGCAGCACUUGGGAAACGGCCUGGUGGCUGCUUGGUGCCAUCUCGGACCGGCGAUGCGCCGGCAACGCUGUGAGCUGUGGCACGGUGGUCGCCCGUUGCCGCGAGCAGUGGCGAACAGCUUGGCAUUUGCUGGCGCAGAUGGAGCGCCAAGUGCAAGGCAACGAGGUGGUCUACAGCGCACUGCUCAGCUGCUGCGAGCAGGGCGAGGAUUGGCGCGCUGCCUUGGCUGUGCUGGCGCGGAUGCAGGAGAAAUCUCUGCAGGCGAAUGUGAUUGCCAUCAAUGCUGCAAUCAGUGCCUGUGAGAAAUGCAAACGGUGGAGCGAAGCCUUGUCUUUGUUGCAAGCUUUGCAAGCCCAGCGACAGGAUGACGUGGUGAGUCACAGCGCCGCCAUCGGCGCCUGCCAGCUGUGGCCCUUGGCCCUGUGGCUCUUUGCGACGAUGGCGCGGGCACCCGACGUGCAGUGCUGCAACGCAGUGGUUGGGGCGUUGACCGGUGCCACCCAGUGGGCAAGGGCCUUGGAGACCCUCAGAGCUAUGGGUUCCUACCAGCUGCGAGGCAACGCCAUCACCUUUAAUGCGUGCAUCGAUGCUUGUGAAAGGUCUGAUCGUUGGUGGGAGGUGCUGCUGUUGCUGGCCAACUUGGAUAAACUGAUGGCGCUGGAUCCUGCGCUGAAGGCUGGCUCGCGCUAG